UGUUAAUUGCUAUCCACUGUGAUUACGAAAUGACAAUGGGAGAAUUUUCUUGAAAUGAGAUGACAGUCGAAUAUUUGUUAAAUAUGACUGCCGGGAAUAUUUCUGUCAAUGCAGAAAUAGGCAACGAAAGCACAGAGACACCGGAAUUUCCACGUUAUUUAGUGGUUACUUCAACAGUGUUUUAUGUUUUUAUAUUCCUGUUUGGAAUCCUUGGGAACUUACUGGUAAUAGUGGUGGUAUGCCUCAACAGAAACAUGAAAACGUCGGUGAACAUAUUUCUCAUCAACUUGUGCAUUGCGGAUCUCCUGGUUCUCAUGGUGUGCAUGCCUACUGCACUUACGGACUUGUACGCAAGGGAUAUUUGGUAUUUCGGAAAAGCUAUGUGCCAAGCCGUUCCAUUUCUGGAGAACACAGUGGCUCAUGCGUCCAUUUUGACUCUCAUAGCCAUAAGCAUCGAGAGAUACCGGGUUAUCUGUCAGCCGCUCAGAGGUAUUGGAGAUAAUGUCACGAGAACUGCGAAGGUUUUGCCCUUUCUUUGGACCAUAUGCGCGACGUGCAAUAUUCCCUGGCUAUAUAUUGCGAAAUACAAGGAUUCAUUCCACUUAGAUGGAACGGCUAUCAAAGUCUGCAGAAUUCCAAUGAUACUGCAAUGGCAGAAAACAUUCGCGACUUUGCAGUUUGUGUUUUUCUUCGUGCUACCUUUUCUUACGUUACUUAUUUUAUAUUGUAAUAUUUGCUAUAUUCUUAAUUACUCACGUGAUGUGGAUCUUAAUAAUUCUAAGCAUUGCCGACAUCGUCGCCAACUUCGCAUGCAGGUUAUUAACAUAAUUGUGUGCUUAGUUCUUUUGUUCUUCAUUUUCCAUCUUCCGUAUAGACUUGUUAGCAUGUGGCUAACAUACGCUCAAAUCAAAGAUAUAUACGGCCUUGGAAUAGAACGAUACUACGGCAUGUUGUUUUCUGUAAGGAUAUUGUUCUAUCUAAAUCAUGCAGUAAAUCCUAUUAUAUACAAUUUCGUGUCAACAAAGUUUAGGAAUGGUUUUCGACAAAUAUUGACAAGUCGCUCACAUCGUGGCAGUCUUGUGUCUAGCAACCGACGGGGGAAUUACAACACGCCAUUUACAAGACCGAAGCAAACAAUUCUGAUGCUCGAAGAUCGCGAUGUCGAUAAGAAGGGGCUCGUGCAGGUUAAGGCCAGUUCGUCAUCGUCAUCAAGACAGAAAAUGAACGAGUUCUACCCGAUGUAUACAAACAUGAUUGUUAAACACAAUUCUUCUAAACACAAUACUAGUGUUGAGCUUAAAGGUCCUGAUUGA